AUCAUUCAAGCUACAGUUACGUUUGGUUGGUUACAUCAAAUUAAACUUAACUAAAAACUAGUUUGUUGUCAAUUUGCCAGGUGUGUGUGUAUAUAUCAGUGUUGUUAUUAUCGUGAAUCGAAUCAAAAAAAAAAAAAAAAAAAUAAUUCGGAAAUCCUCGAUAUUCAAUCAAAUUAAAUCAAUCGAUAAUGAAUACAUUCGGUAUUGUUCGUAUUGUUUUGUUGGUUUUUUUGAUCAUCGUUCUUGUUAUGAUGAUCAUUUUGUUUUCAAGAUCAAUAAUUGGUAUCGCUAAUAAAGAUCGUGGCCGUGAUAAUGUGAAUGGAGCCAUUAGUUCAGCGUUGGUUGGUGCAAAUGUCAUUAUCGGUUUAUUGGGCGCAUAUCGUGAACAUUUUCUUUUCACAUUAAUAUUCGCUAUUCUUCAGACGAUUAUUAUCAUUUUUGAAUUAUUUAUUACAAUACCACAUGGAUGGAUUUUCAUUGUACCAUGGGUUGGAUCGGCCAUUUUGGCCUAUAUAAUGGCAUUUAUGAUUAAACAAGGACAUAGUUCUGGUUGACAAUUUAAUGUGAAAUAUUGGCAUAAUAAAAGAGAUGUUGACAACGACAACAACGAUAAUAGCAACAGCAAUAACGAAAAACAAAAAUUGAAACCAAAAAAAAAAAAAAAACC